GGGCAAGGGUAGAGCAAUCCAGGUUGAAACGGGUCCAGAGGGUAAUCCUGUCCGAAAUAAGCGGCAAUUGGAACAGAAGUCCCCAUCCCCAUCUUCACGGAAAAAGAAAAGGGUUCUUGAUAAUGUGUCUCAACUCCCUUCUGAUGGCGUGGACGGGGGCACUCCUCGACUGAAAACAAGUCGUCCAAGAAGGGACCCAACGAAGAUCAAGAUGCACACUUCCGGCUCCUCUGGAUCCAGAGAGGGUGGCAGAGUUAAAUCAUCGGUUAACACAUCAGAGUACUUACGAUCUCGAGAAGGCAGCAGGCCGGGGAGUAAAAUCGAGAACGAAGUCUCAAAAAUUAUGGGUGAAAGCAUAGCCUCUCAGAACACCACGGGGUCAACGCUUAUGAAUGAUUCCAACAUUCAAGGACAUGAUGGGCUCCAGCGGGAAAGAUUAGCUGGAUUCAUUGUCGACUUUGAUCAGAUUCCGAUGAGUGUCGUCGAUCGAAAGCCUAUGUGGAUGGGCUGGAAGCAGAUGGAGGCCAUUUUACUACGUACCGGAAGGCUAAGGACUCUGGCUCAGAAUGGUCGUAGCAUUACUGACACUGGUACAUGAUUUGCACGUACUUGUAGAUACUACUGCGUAUACUAUGUGUCAUUUUAUGAUUU